AUGGCUACUGCAUUUGCAACAUUACUUUGUUCUUCUUCAUCUUAUAUUUUCAUCCAAAAUAAAUCUAUUUCGUCUUCUCGUACCUUCUCUCAUCCACUUGUUACCAAAGCUACAACACUUACGUCGUCUUUGGAUAUCCAAGUAAAAGUGGAUAACCCCGGUUUCAAAUUUAUGGAUAAGGGUGAAAAAGUCCAGCAAAUUCACAGCAUUGAAGAAUACGACAGCGAACUUCAAUCUUCUUCGCACGGAAAGCUAGUGGUUGCUCACUUUUCAGCGACUCACUACAAGUACAAAAUCCUAAUGCAACAAUUCAUGGAGGAACAAUGUUCGAUAUCGAAAGAUAUCAAGUUUCUGCAUGUGAUGGCUAACGAAUCAGACAAAACCAUGCAACUAUGCAAGAGAGAGCAAAUCGAUAAAAUCCCGUAUUUUAUCUACUAUAAGAAAGCAGAGAAAAUUCACGAAGAAGCUGGAUUUCGUCCAGAGAAGCUUUUGAGCGAAAUACUGUACUAUGUCGAAGACCCCUUUUCGCAAGUGGUGCAGUUGAAACGUGUGGGAGAUUUCGAGAAGCUGAUAAAAGCUCACAAGUUUGAUAACAAGUUGAUUGUGGUGAAUGUGGGAAAGAGGAAUUGUAUUCCCUGUGUCAAAAUUUAUCCAAGUGUGAUUGAACUGGCAGGACAAAUGGCAGGUAGGGUUAUUUUCGGAAGGAUGAAUGUUGACGAUGGAGAUGAAAUGUGCACGAAAAACAUGUUGACGGAAAUUGAUGUUUAUAAAGUGCCUGCGUUUUUGUUUAUGAGAAACGGGGAGUUUUGUGGGAGGUAUAUUGGCUCUUGUCCGAGUACUCUCAUUAGAGAGAUUACGAAGUUGCAAAAUUAUCACGUGCAGAAAGAGCUUCUUCGUGUAAAUGAGCUGAACUGGCGCAACAAAAGCUCGAAUUCAAGGUCAAAAAACAUCAACUCGUGCUCGUGA